AUAACCAAUGAAGACUUGGAUACUGACAGUUCUGACUUACUGUUUGCACGCCGAUUCCCAGCCACUCACGCACUUGACUCGCUGUUUCUUGGCUCCAUGUUGGCUUCCAUGCAGGUUUCCUGCAGACUGCCCGCGCUAGUGGCUAGGUACAGAGUCCAGGACUCCAGAGGUUGCUGAUGCUUUGCAGUACUGGUAACACCUUGGUAGCUCACCGAACUUUGAAGCUCGACGUCACGAACCGGGCCGGGCCCUGCUGCUGAACGGCGAGGCGGACAGGCACACACGCGGGGAAGCUAGAUAGAACGUGGGACGAUUUGACACAGCAUCUUUCGAUUCCGCAAUCGGGUUUUCCCUAUCUACGGAAACGGGGCACAUCUGACAUUACCAACGAUUGCGAUAGGGUACAGCGGCUGCCGUUGGUGAUCUGCAGGCUACCGAAAUGAAGCCAUGAGCCUUUUCCACGUUCCCCCCCAACCUGUCGGGUCCAUAACCUCCUUGAUUUGUGGGCGAAGUCGGAGAGUCUGCUCGAUUGCGCCAUAGAGUGUGAAGUUUUCCGUUCAUAUUAAACGUGGGCAGCUUCUUCUCGUGGUUACCUCGCUGGUAUCCUGCUUCUCUCGGUUCUGCCAGGCCGUUUCCGGUUCCAAUACUGCUGCUUGCUUUCCCUUAAGACCAACCAGGUACACCGUACUGUUCCUUCUCGACGAGCUGUGAAGGAGACGAGACACCUUGUGAAGCUUGCUCAACCUCCCCAGCCGGCUCAUCAUGAAGUUCUCCCUGACUUCUGCUGCUCUCGCGCAGCUCCUGCUCGGCAUCACCACCCAGCCCGCCCUCGCGGCCCCGAGCCACAGCACGAUCCCGAAGCUGGGCGCCGUCGCCUCAGAGUCCGAUAUCUGCAGCAAGAUCGGCACCGAGCUCCUCAAGAGAGGCGGAAAUGCUGCCGACGCGACGGUCGGCACCGUCCUCUGUGUCGGUGUCGUUGGCAUGUACCACAGCGGUAUCGGCGGCGGCGGUUUCAUGCUCGUGAGGUCGAGCAAUGGCACCUACGAGUUCAUUGACUUCAGAGAGACGGCCCCGGCCGCCGCCUACGAGAACAUGUACACGAACAACACGAGAGCCAGCUUGUACGGAGGUCUCGCUAGCGGUGUCCCUGGUGAGCUCCGCGGGCUGGAGCAUUUGCACAAGAAGUACGGCAAGCUGCCUUGGUCAAAGGUAGUCGAGCCUGCGGUCAAGGUCGCCCGCUACGGCUGGCGCGUCAACGAGGACUUGGUCAGAUACAUGAAGUCAGUCACUCCCAAUGGCAACUUCCUGACCGAUGAUCCGUCAUGGGCCAUCGACUUUGCGCCGCACGGCACCCUCCUCAAGCUCAACGAGACGAUCACGCGCAAGCGCUACGCCGACACGCUUGAGGUCAUCGCAAAGGAGGGCGUCGACGCCUUCUACACCGGUGCCAUCGCCAAUGCGACCAUUGCCGCAUUGUCAAAGUCCAACGGCACCAUGACCAUGGCCGACCUCAAGAACUACACCGUCGCCAUCAGAGAGCCCGCGCAGAUCUCGUACAGGGGCUACAAGCUCACGGCCUGCAAUGCCCCCUCCGGCGGCAUCGUCGCCCUCAGCGCUCUCAACAUCGUCAGCGGAUACGAAGGGUUCGGCGACCCGGCCUCGCGGAACAACACCGUCCACAGACUGGACGAGUCCAUGCGCUUCGCCUACGGCCAGCGCACCAAGCUCGGCGACCCGUCCUUUGUCGACGGUCUCUCGGCCUACACCAAGAGCAUGAUCUCCCCCGAGGUCGGCGCCGAAAUCCGCUCCAAGAUCUCCGAUUUCCGCACAUAUAACGUGUCCUACUACAACCCAGAGGGCAUCGAGUCCCUCGAGACCCCGGGAACCUCGCACAUCGCCGUCGCCGACGCCAGCGGCAUGGCCAUCUCCCUCACCACGACUGUAAACCUCCUCUUCGGCUCCCAGCUCAUGGUCCCCGAGACGGGCGUCAUCAUGAACGACGAGAUGAACGAUUUCAGUAUUCCCGGCUCCAGCAACGCCUUCGGCUUCGUCCCCAGCCCGGCCAACUACGUCCGUCCCGGCAAGCGUCCCCUCUCCUCCAUCUCCCCCGUCAUUGUCGAGCACCCCGACGGCAAACUCUACUUCGUUAUCGGCUCGGCCGGCGGUAGCCGUAUCAUCACCGCCACUAUCCAAAACAUCCACAACGUCCUCGACAGGAACCUGACCGUGUCGCAAGCCCUCGCCGAGCCUCGCUUCCACGACCAGCUGACCCCCAACACGGCUGCUUUCGAGUACGCUUACGACAACAGCACCACGAGCUACCUUGCGAGCUUGGGCACGAAUGUCACCUGGGCUGCACCCGGCGGUAGCACAGCGCAGGGUGUGAGGCUGCUGCCGAACGGCACGUUCGAGGCAGCUGGCGAGCCGAGACAGAAGAACUCUGGUGGAUUCGCUGUCUAAUCACGUUAAAGUAAUUGUAGAGU